AUGAUAUAUAAAUUUCUUGUAGCUAUUACUUUAAUAGCGCUAUUUGUGCUAUCGGUAAGUGAAGCUGCAGUAAUGGCCAUCGACUACGGAACGGAUUGGUUUAAAGUCGCUCUCGUAAAGCCGGGAAUACCUCUUGAUAUAGUGUUAAAUAGAGACUCAAAGCGUAAAACCCAAUCAGCAUUGACAAUACGUGGUGAAGAAAGAAUUUAUGGUUCUGAUGCUGUUAAUCUAGGCGCACGGUUUCCACUCAACACAUAUUUUAGUGUCAAAAAGGUUCUCGGACGAUUGGUUGAUGAUAAAAUCAUAAAAGAUUAUCAGUCAGUCUUUCCGAAUAAAAUAGUACCAGAUCCAAUUCGUGGAACAGUUGUUUUUCAACAUAAUGAGACUACUAAUUUCUCGGUGGAAGAACUUCUUGCAAUGCAAUUUGCUCAUGCCAAAGAACAGGCCGAGGCGACUGCUCAAGAAGCCAUUAAAGAUGUUGUAAUUACGGUACCUCCAUAUUAUAAUCAAUUCGAGAGGCAAGCAGUUUUAGAUGCUGCUGAUCUUGCUGGUCUUCAUGUUCUUACGUUGAUAAAUGAUGUAACAGCUGUUGGAUUGAACUACGCGAUUUCCCGUUUUACUUCAUUUACGGAAGAACCGCAAUAUCACGUGUUUUAUGAUAUGGGCGCUGGUAGUACUAAAGCAAGCUUGAUAAGUUUCAAAACAUCAAAUGUCAAAGAUGUGGGCCGCUUUAACAAAACAAUUAUCAACCUUGAAGUGUUAUCAGUUGGCUAUGAUCGAACUCUUGGCGGACAAGAAUUUGAUAUUCGCCUUCAAAGAUAUUUUGCCGAAGAGUUUGACAAGAAAUUUAGUGGAAAAUUAAAAUCAUCUAUAUUCACAUCGGAACGUUCCAUGACAAAACUUUAUAAAGAAGCCAAUAGAGUGAAACAAAUUCUCAGCGCUAACACAGAUGCUAUUGCUUCGAUAGAAAAUUUACACGAAGAUCUUGAUUUUCGACUACCUAUUACAAGAAGUAAAUUUGAAGAAAUAACUGAUGAUCUUAGAAAACGCGUCAUUGGCCCUAUUAAUACUGCGUUGAGUAACGGCAAAUUAACUUUAGCUGAUAUUCAAUCUUGCGUAUUAGUUGGUGGUGGAGUUCGUGUUCCAUCAAUUCAAGCUGAGCUUAAAGAUAAAGUUGGAGAAGAAAAAAUUGCUCAAAAUGUAAAUGGCGAUGAGGCUGCAGUGUUUGGUGCUGCCUUCAGAGGAGCAGGUCUAAGCCGCCAAUUUAAAGUGAAAGAAAUCAAAGUUAAAGAUAUAACUCCUUAUUCUAUUGAGGUUGAUUAUUCUUCUGAGCCAAAAAAUUCUGAAGAUGGCACUUCAAAAUCUAAAGUAUACCAUACGGUGUUAUUUAAUGAGUUUACUACUAUUGGAACGCGUAAAAUGAUGAGUUUCCCACGUACAAGUGAUUUUAAUUUUUCAUUAAAUUAUGCCAAACUAGAUGACGAAAUCGCUAGAGAUUUUGGGCCUACAAAUAUUGCAAUUUCUAAAAUUACUGGUUUGACUGACGCUAUCAAGCAAUUUAAUGAUGUUGGUGUAGACCGCCCUAAAGUCAAAGUUACUUUGCAACUAUCUGAUUCCGGUUUAGUUUCUGCAACAGAUGCUAUCGUGACUAUUGAACAUCAGUCUUUGGCAGAUAAAUUCAAAUCAUUUUUUCAAUCAGAAGAGUCAAUUAAAGAUGUUCCAUUACCAGACGAAACGCCAAAUUCAGUGAAUGCGUCAGAAUCUACACCAGAAACAAAAAAUUUGAGCAUUGAGAUAGAAUAUGUUGGUAUCAAGCCUUUGGGUGAAAAUGAGAAAGUGAUAUCAAUUAAGCGACUACGUGCAAUGGACGCUUCUGAUCUUCAACGACGAGUGCGCGAGGAAGCAAGAAAUAACUUGGAAGCUUUCGUUUAUCGCGUACGAGAUUUGAUUGAAAAUAAUGAAGUAAUGCUAGUUAGUACGGACAAUCAACGCGCUGAAUUAUCAUCAAAGUUGUCUGAAACAUCUGAUUGGUUAUAUGAAGAAGGCGAAAAAGCUGAAACCGAUGAGUUCAGAUUGCGUCUCACGAAUCUCAAGUUACUUGAACAACCUAUUGCAUUUCGACGAGAAGAGCGCGACAAACUUCCAGGGGCAAUCUUUACAAUCAAAACUGCUAUCAACAGCACUCGUGCUUUUGUUGAGGAAAUCAAAACGAACACUACAGCCGAAAAUCGUUAUUACACAGACGAAGAACUUAACAAAUUAUUAAAUAUAGUUGGGAAAGUUGAAGAGUGGCUUAAUGAAAAAUUAGUUAUACAAGAAAAAACUCCACCUCACGUUGAUCCAGUUUUGACUAGUACAGAUAUUGAAAAAAAAUUAAAUGAAAUGGAACGCGAAUUUUUACUCUUGAUGUGUGUUCCCGAACUAACAGCUUCAAAUACAUUUAUAAAUCAUAUAGCACAAGUUCAAAAUUUUGCAAAUUUUUAUAAUUUUCAAAUACGAAAAGAUAAAGUAGAACGUGAUAAAAAUAAUAAUAUUAAAAAAAGAACUAUAUUAUGUUCACGCGCAGGUGUUGCUGAACAAAAAAAAGAAAAAAUUCAUCAAAGAGAUCGUCAUUCUCAAAGAUGUAAUUGUCCUUUUAUGAUUAGAGCAUCAUUUAAUUUACAAACCGGUCUUUGGCAUAUUUUGGCUAUAAAUUUGGAACAUAAUCAUGAAAUGAUGAUUCCUGGGCAUAAAAAAUUUUUAAAUAAUCAAAGAAUAAUUCCACAAGAAAUUAAAGAUCGAAUUAAAAUUUAUCAUCAAGCAGCAGAUGAAUUUAUUAAUACUUUAAAGCAAUUCAAAAGAGAAAUUAAUGGAUUUGAAUAUAAAAUCAAAGUUGAUGAAAGUUCAAAUGAAUUACUUCAA